AAGCUUAUAUUUAUUAUUUAUAAUGAUUUUAUAGUCAUAUUUCAUCCAAUAUUGGUGAAUUGCAGAUUUAUAUGUUCCAUUAUAUGACCAUUCUGUGUUGUGUUGUGUUGUGUUGUGUAUUCUUUUCAAUUGCUGCUCAGACUCAACUGGCACAUGCCACUCAAACAACAGCUCUCAGGAGCCAACUGUCAUAACUGUCAUUUAGCCAGUGUGGAGUGACUGCAGGGAGCUUGUGUGAGUUGGAGAGAGUUUUUGGAGAUUACAGCGAUAGAAGAAGACAUUUGAGCAGAAAGGUGAGUUUGUAUUGCGGAAGAAGAAAAAAGCAGCAGAAGAAGAAGAAAGAAGAAGAAGAAAGAACAUCCUUGGAAAAGAAGAAUAAUGGAGAAGAAGAGGAGAAUAUCUGAGAGUCCAGUGGAGGAACCAGCUAAAGGAAAAAAGAUACAACUGAAGGAUUUAAGGAUUUGCAUAGAACGUCUGAAGCAAUAUCCACUGAGAAGAAAAAGACAGGGAAGUCCAGAGGAGAACCCAGCUGCAGGAAAAAAGAUAAAGCUGAAGGAUUUAAGGAUUUGCAUAGAACGACUAAAGCAAUAUCCACUGAGAAGCAAACGACUGAAAGGUCCGGAGGAGAACCCAGCUGCAGAGGAAAAGAUUACAUGUAAAGAAAUAGAGACGAAUAAACAAAUUGACAGAGAUGUGGAUCGAAAGCAAUAUCCACAGCGAAGGAAAAGACCAAGAAGUCCAGAGCAGAGCCCAGCUGGAGGAAAAGAGAAGGUUAGAGAGGACGCCAAAACAUCGGAGUACCUCGAUAUUGAAAAUUACAGCCUUAUUAAAGAACUAGGAGAAGGCAACUUCGGCAAGGUGGUGUUGGCAUCGUUUAAAAUCAAGAACCAACUAACUGCAAUCAAGAUCAUUGAGAAGCAGCGGGAGGAAGAUUUUGAAUAUGUCAGACGAGAGGCAUCGGUUCUCCAGAUUGCUAGCAGAUGCCCAUUUCUAUGCCGGGCAAUGGCAACAUUCCAAACUAAGUCACUAAUCCUGCUAGCCCUGGAGUACGUCAAUGGCGGAACACUGGAGAACAUCAUCGAGGACCGAGGACGUCUGAGUAACAAGCAAGUGCUGUUUUAUGCUUCAGAAUUAGUGGUGGGUAUUCAGUUCCUGCACGAGAACGGGAUCGUUCAUCGUGACCUCAAACCAGAGAACAUAUUGGUGGAUGAACAGGGCCAUGUGAAGAUCGGUGAUUUUGGCCUUGUCUGCACCGGUAUGUAUGGAGUAAACACACAGUGCGGCUAUUAUGGAACACCAGGAUACACGGCACCACAGGUUUUAUUAGAGGAGCCAUACGACGCUGGAGCUGACUGGUGGUCUUUCGGAGUCAUCUUGUACGAAAUGGCCACCAAUAGGUUACCAUUCUCACCGAAGGGAAACUUGAGACAACAGGUAGAAAGCGUCAUCAACAGAGAGCCUGAAUAUCCAGACUCCCUUUCUACCAAACUGCGUGACCUCAUAAAACAGCUCUUGAAGAAGAAGGCCAACCAACGCCUUGGGGUGAAUGGCAACAUCCGGGAUCACCCAUUUUUCUCAACCGUCGAUUGGUCAAAUGUGGAGAAAAGAACAUUAAAGCCUCCUAUAAAACCAAGUCAUGAAUCAGCCACGGGGUUCAACAGGAAAUACAUCUCAUUCCCGAAAGAGGACCCCAGCGAGACCCGUAUGCUCAAGGGGUUCGAUUACGUGGACCCGAGCUGGCUGGAGUAAUGAGUAGCUGUGCCGUCGGCAAGAGUCAUCCCAUCCAAGUACCGUGCAACAUUCCACCAGAACACCACUAGCACCUCCACUGCUUCAUCCUGCAUAUCUGGUAAUGUAUGACAUUCUGACAACAGCAAAGGUGAGCAAAUAAUGUUAAUUACCAUCUGACUGUCCUGCUCUACCUUACAAUUACAACACCAGAAAAGGUACUUCUCCCAAAAUGCACCAUCUUGCAGGUUAGUAGCACUGUGACCAACAUCACCGCAGAAAGCGCUUACAGCUGCAUUUAAUAUCCCCAAGUGCUUUCUAUGCCAUUACCAAUUUAUGCAGCUAUUUUUUUUUCAUGUUCACAGCUUUGCACUUUUUAAGUUAAAAGUUUAGAAAAAAAAAACAAAAAAAACAAAAA